AUGCCUUCAAAUUCUGGAAUUUUUACUUUUCAAGAACAGCGACCUAAUGCAGACUACUAUCAAGUGGUUCCCAGGCCAAGCAGUCAAGCUACCACUCAGGGUGGUACACAAGAGCCACCUUCCGGUCCCCGGCCUCCACCAUUUGGGUUUUCUGUUGCUGAUCAGCCUUUUCAAAGCUUUCCAAGGGCACAAGUCUCCAACCGAAUGGAUCAAGCUCAAGCUUAUGCAUCUGCUGCUCCUUUUGGUGGAAGACCGGGCUCUGUCUCAAUUCCACCCCAACAACACCCUGCAUUUCCCUUUGCUGGUCAACCUUCACCAAGAUCUCAAGUCCACAAAUGGGGAACAUGGCCUAUGAAUCAGAAGUUUGGCAGCAACCCAUCCUUGGCAUCCAGUAAGCCAGCGUAUCAUGCAGACCAAAUUUAUGAUCCCUUUUCACCCACAUCUGUUGCAUCUCCACACCAGAAAGGUAAUCUUGGAAAAUGA